GGAGUUGAAAGGAUUGGCAUGGAGAGCCUGUCACCUGAGGGACGACCUGACCAUCCUCACCAGGGGGAGGCCUCAGCAUGCUGGCAGCUCACUGUAACCGUCCUGGAGGCUCGGCGGCUGCGUGGACAUGACCUGUUGAGUGAGGCAGACCCAUAUGUGAUCCUGCAGCUGCCAACCAUUCCUGGAACAAAGUUCAAGACCAAAACAGUCACCAACUCCAGUCAUCCUGUAUGGAAUGAGACCUUCAGUUUCCUUAUCCAGAGUCAGGUCAAGAAUGUUCUAGAGCUGAGCAUCUGUGAUGAAGACUUAAUCACGAAGGAUGACGUCUGCUUUAAGGUUUUCUAUGAUGUCUCAGAAGUCCUCCCUGGCAAGCUGCUUAGGAAAACCUUCUCCCUGGAUCCCCAGAGACAGGAAGAGUUGGAUGUGGAGUUCCUGAUAGAAAAAAUGUCCAGCUAUCCAGAAAACCUCAUCACCAACAAUGUCCUUGUGGCCCGAGAGCUAUCAUGCCUGAAUAUCUGCCUGGACAGAGCAGGGAGUACAGCACUGACUGCAGGACAGGACAAACUGGAAUUGGAGCUGGUGCUGAAGGGGUCAUAUGAGGACACACAGACAUCCACCCUGGGCACAGCCCCUGCCUUCCGCUUCCACUACCUGGCAGCCCAAGAUGCAGAGCUGAGUGGGCACCUGAGGAGUUCCAGAAGCAGUGGAUCGAAUUCAGACAACUCAGCUGGGCACCUCACUGUGCCCUUGAAGUCCUUGGCCAUAGGGAAAGAGGUGACCAUCAAUGUUCCUACAACAAAUGCUCCAGGAGUGAGGUUGCAGCUCAAGGCAGACAGCUGCCCUAAGGAACUGCCUGUUCGCCUGGGCUUCGAUCUGUGUGCUGAGGAAGAGGCCUUCCUGAGCAGGAGGAAGAAAGUGGUGGCCAAGGCCCUGAAGCAGGCCCUGCGAUUGGACAGAGACCUGCAGGAGGAUGAGGUCCCUGUUGUGGGCAUCAUGGCUGAAGGAGGAGGGACCCGUGCCAUGACCUCCCUCUACGGCCACCUAUUGGCUCUGCAGAAGCUGGGUCUCCUGGACUGUGUGACCUACCUCAGUGGCAUAUCAGGCUCUACAUGGGCGAUGGCCCACCUGUACUGGGAUCCUGAGUGGUCGCAAAAGGACCUUGAGGGACCCAUCAGCCAUGUCCGGGAACAUCUGACCAAGAGCAAGCUGUCAGCCUUCUCCCCAGAGCACCUGGAGAUCUAUCGCAGAGAGCUGCAGCUGCGGGCUGAGCAGGGCCACUCCACCACAGUUGUGGACCUGUGGGCCCUGGUGCUGGAGUCCAUGCUGCAUGGCCAGGUUGUGGAUCAGAAGCUGUCAGGACAGAGAACAGCACUGGAGCGUGGUCAGAACCCUCUACCUCUUUACUUGAGCCUCAAUGUCAAAGAGAACAAUCUGGAUACUUUCGAAUUCAAGGAGUGGGUUGAGUUCUCCCCCUAUGAGGUUGGGUUCCUGAAGUAUGGAGGUUUUGUCCCUCCUGAGCUCUUUGGUUCCAAGUUCUUCAUGGGGCAACUGAUGAAGAGGCUCCCUGAGUCCCAGAUCUGCUUUCUAGAAGGUAUCUGGAGCAAUAUUUUUUCCCUAAACUUGCUGGACACCUGGUAUGGCCUCACCUGCUCUGAGGGGGACUGGAAGCAGCACAUUAAGGACAAGAUCCAGAACGUAGAGAAGGCACCUGUAGCCUCCUCUGCAACCUCCUCAUGGAUGGAGUCCUCCUGGCUGAAGUCUGGAACAGCACUGGCCCAGGCAUUUAAGGGCUUCCUGACUAACAGGCCACUCCACCAGUGUGAGGCCAACUUCCUCCAUGGCCUCCAGCUACACCGGGACUACUGCAACCAGAAAGACUUCUCCACCUGGGCAGACUUCCAGCUAGACCCCAUCCCCAGUCGACUGACCCCCCAGGAACCCCAGCUCUGCCUGGUGGACCCGGCCUACUUCAUCAACACCAGCUUUCCUUCCUUGCUCCGGCCCGGUCGCAGGAUGGACCUCAUACUCUCCUUCAACUGCUCCCUAAACUCACCCUUCGAGGCGCUGCAGCAGUCGGAGCUGUACUGCAGGGCCCGGGGGCUGCCCUUCCCCCAUGUGGAGCUCAGCCCUGAGGACCAACUCCAACCCAAAGAGUGUUACCUCUUCUCAGACCCCACCUGCCCCGAGGCCCCUGUCUUGCUGCAUUUCCCGCUGGUCAAUGUUUCCUUCAAGGACUACUCAGCUCCCGGUGUCAAGCGCAGCCCUGCAGAGAUCCCUGCUGGCCAAGUGGAUGUCACCAAGGACACCUCCCCCUAUGCCCUGUGCAACAUGACCUACAAGAAGGAAGACUUCGAUGGUCUGCUGAGGCUCAGUGACUACAAUGUGCAGAACAGCCAGGCUGCCAUCCUGCAGGCCUUGAGGACUGUUCUGAAGCGCAGGGCCCCUGAGGCCAGGCCUUCAAAGGCACAGAUGUAAGACUGCUCAGGAACCCCAAG